CAGAGAAAAAUCCAAGAUGAGGCCUAGGACUGUUUCUGUGUUAGUUUCUCUUCUUUUGUUCAUAGCUUCUAGUAAUGUCUGCAACGGAGGGAAACUGAAGAAGGAUUUCUAUGGCAAAGAUUGCCCUCGACUUGAAGAAACAGUGAGGCAAAUCACUUGGGAAAAGGUUGGAGAAAACCGCAGUGUAGCAGCUAAGCUACUAAGGCUUCAUUUCCAUGACUGCUUUGUCAGGGGAUGUGAUGCAUCACUGUUAUUAGAUUCAGUGGAAGGUAAUUCAACUGAGAAAAAGGCAAUCCCUAACGGGUCUGUAUCAGGUUAUGAAAUCAUUGAUGAAAUCAAAGCCAAAUUAGAAGAAGAGUGUCCUAACACUGUCUCAUGCGCUGAUAUCGUUGCCCUAGCAGCCCGAGAUGCAGUCUCUUACCAAUUUGGGAGAUCAAUGUGGCAGGUUUUUACUGGAAGGAAAGAUGGAAAAGUGUCGCUAGCAACAGAGGCUGCAAGGGACUUGCCAUCAGCAUUUGCAAACUACACUACACUCAAACAGCAGUUUGCUAAUAAAGGACUAAACGUAUUUGAUCUUCUAGCUUUAUCAGGAGCACAUACAAUUGGCGUGGCACGUUGUGGCGUAUUUGCAAGGAGAGUGUUCAAUUUCACAGGAAAAGGAGAUAAAGAUCCUGCAUUGGAUUCAUCAUAUGCAAAGGUCUUGAAAACAAAGUGCUCAAACCCACCAAAUCCUAAUAUUACUGUGGAGUUGGACAGGAACAGCGAAUUUCGGUUUGACAGUCACUACUUUGUGGCUCUAAACCGAAACCAAAGCCUAUUAGCAUCAGAUGCUGCUUUACUCACAGACCGGAAUGCAGCUCGGAUUGCAAGAGACUUUGAGAAUUUUUUCGUUUUUAUGUCUCAAUUUAGUCGUUCUAUUAAGAAAAUGAGUGAGAUUGGAGUCAUUACAAGGGUUGGUGAUAAGGGUGAAAUCAGGAAGAAUUGCAGAAAAGUUAAUGCAUAACUAAAACUUUAUGUUUGAUUACUUAAUUUGCUUUUCUUGUUGAUUGGUUCAAACAGCAAUAUUGUAGC